AUGCUUGCAGAUUCUGAGUAUCUUGAUGAAAAACUCAAGAACACCAAUCCAAACCUCAACGUUCUCAAAGAAUACAAGAAGCGAGAGGAGGAAUUCAUGAAACGCGCCAAAGACUUGGAGGAGACGACGACAGCGCGCGACACGCAGAAGCAGCUUUACGACGGUCUCCGGAAACAACGCUUGGACGAAUUCAUGGUGAAGGAAAUGUAUCAGAUGAUCACUCUUGGUGGAAACGCAGAGCUUGAGCUUGUCGACAGUAUGGAUCCCUUCUCAGAGGGCAUCAUUUUCAGCGUCAUGCCUCCGAAGAAGAGUUGGAAGAAUAUUUCGAAUUUAUCUGGGGGCGAGAAGACCCUUAGCUCACUUGCUCUCGUGUUCGCUCUGCAUGUGUUCAAGGAAUGUCUCGAUUGUGGCGAAUUAUAUAUCAAGGAUCGCACCAAGAAUGCACAGUUCAUUAUCAUUUCUUUGAGGAACGACAUGUUUGAGCUAAGUCACCGUCUCAUCGGUAUCUACAAGACAGCAAACGCAACACAGAGUAUAUCCAUCGAUAACCACGCUCUUGCUCGUCGAACCAUCAAGGCUGUGCCGGCGGCAGCCUGA